CUGUUUUUGUAUGAAAGUAACGACUUUUUAUGCGGAUUAUUUUUACGUGGCUUUCUGAGGAACGCAUAUACCCAAAAAAAAAGACCUAAGCGUAUGUUUCUAGGCUCCUCCUGGCUGUUUCGUAAGGCUCCUCCAUAAACCAAAGUUAAGAAUGUCUCAUCUGUUAAUAAAUACCCAUUUUGAUUUAAGCUAAAGUUUAACAGUAAGUUUUACUUUUUUUCAGAUCUAACAAAUACCAAGCUUUAUAAAUUCCACGUUACAAGUCAACAUGAAGCAUCCAAAACCUAACGAUGACGCAAUGAAGUAAUUAAAAUGAAUUCUUGCCAACAUUAAACGAAAAAAAAUAAACAAACAUCUGUAACCAAUAAAGUCGACGACCCCCAGUAGGAAAAGCAAAGCAAAAAAAAAAAAGAGAAAAAAGCGAGUAAACACAAAACAAAUAGAAGCGAAUUCAAUUCGAAAGAUUAGUGGAUAAAAUGUCAAUGCUGCCAUUAGCCGGCAGUGCCUCCGGUACACAUCUACGUCCACAAUCAUUGGUCGGCCCCGAGCGUGAACCUGUGCAAUUUACGGUUAAUUUAGUUGGCGCACCGCCCGAAGUCGAGCAGCUGGUCGAACAAAUCAAACACGUUGCCGAACAGUUUCUCUAUCAUUGGAAAACCUUUCCAAUCGUACUCCCGCAACCGCUAGCCGCUACGACACUCGCGCUGACCGCCAACAAUGGGACGAAUAGCGUCAGUAACCGCAACAAAACGCGACCGAUUAAUUUGCGCGACCUAUUUAUAGCACCGCCCUUUGAUGAGUUGGAUGCCGUUGCAUCGGAUGGCAGCGGUGAACCGAGACGCCUCACCAAUUCGCAACUGAAGUCAUUGCGCGAGUCUGGCUUGCAAAAGGACAAAUACGGCAAACCGAAGAAAUUGACUUUGGAACAAUUGGAAACUAUACGUAAAAAUGGUGAAUUCGAUGUGCCCAGCCUACACUUUCCCGGACAGGUGCACAAGUGGCGAUUGUCGCAGCUGCUGCAGAAGGGCACAUUGCGCGCGCAUGACUCCUUUCUUAGCGAUUUGGCGUUGGCUGCGCGUUUUAUUGUUGUAACGGCGCGCGCACGCAUUUUCGGUCACUUCUUUUCCGUGGUUCAUGCUGCGCAAGCGCUACUGGAUGGCGUCAUCAAGCUGAUCGACAUGUUUAUCGGCGUGCCAGCUUUACUCGCCCAUAACUUAGAUUAUAAAAUCAAAGAGGAACGUUGUCGUUUUCUAAUCGCCGAGCUGGUUUGUCGCCCCGAGUUCGAGGAUUGCCUGGACGGGCUUUGUUCGUAUGUGCGCAAAAUGCUGCGACGCGCCACAAUGGAGAAAUUCGAUUUCAAUAGCUGUGAGGUGACACAACCAGUGCCAUAUCUCUUUCUUACGCCCAAGGGACAAGAGAUUGAUUUGCGUCUAUUCUGCCGUGACAUUAUGCGCAAAGCGCUACCCGUGCUCAUCGGCAUAUUGGAGCGGGAGACGCGCGGCUGGUUCCUGCACUUUCGUGAGCGGCUCAUUGCAGAGCUGCGCGCAAAGAAGCUAAGCGACAAGGAAAUCGAGGAGGAAGUAAACGAGGCUGUAAUGAAGGAGUAUCUGCAACGUGUCUAUUCCUCCAUACUAUCCAAUCCGAAAUUGGCGGAGUUGGGCGAUGGCAUUCCCGAACUGCUAGUACAGCAGGCUCAAUCCGUUGUAAUUAUGUACAAAGCGGUAGACAAAGUGCAAAAGGAUAUUAAGCGCACGCGUGAAGAUCACCAGAAAUGUCUUUCCAAUGAUCAUUCGGUUUUGUCGCGUGUUGCGCCUUGGCUGCGCUCGAAAUUGCGCGUAGCCGAGGAGAGUAAGCUCAGCAAGUCGGCAUGGUCGGCACACGAGGAGGCGCUGAAGAUGAGCACUAAGCACAAUUUACAUCAAACUGCCUACUUUCUUAGUCGCGACUUGGCUUUCAUGAAGGAGCGCGAACCAGUCUUACUGAAGGAGCUGAAGAAUGCGAAAACGCCGACUCGCAGCUUUCAGUGGGCUUGUCGUAUUUGGUCGCCCAGCGCUUGGAUUAUAAGACGCAACUUUCAGGGUCAAUCAGAUGUGAUACCAACGGUAAUCAGCCAGCAGGCCACCUCGAUUGUAACGCCACGAUCUGAUCCCAGUCAGCCAGUGUUCUUGGUAGAAAAAGAGAUCAUACGCACAACCAGCACCCGCUGGCCGCUGUGGCGUUUGCUGAAUUUGCUGCAACGCACCUGGUGUUGGACAUGGAAUAUGAUGUUCCUGCUCGGCAUACUGGUGCCUUGGUGCAGUCCAUUGGGAUUGCGUGCGCUAUUCUGUGUGAAGCCGUUCAUGCCGGAUCUGGAGCUGUCGCAGAUCAAUGGCACGCUCUUUCCGCGCAAGACCAGCAUCACACAGACGAUGGCCUCACGUUUGAUUGAACUCUGGCGACACAUAUCAAAAUCACGUACACACUUCGAAACGGAACCGGAUACUGGCUUCAUCGGCAAAGGCUUGACGCGCAACUUAAAUCGGGUUUGGAAUUAUUUCGUUAAGGGCUUUCUCGGCACGCUAAUCAUACUCUUCGCAUUCCCGUUGAUUUGUUUGGCAACCAGCUUUCUCAGUAUUGCAUUGGCGCUGACCGCGCCGCUUUGGAUUCCUAUAUUUACUGUGCUCUUGCACCUCUACAUGAUACUCAUCUACGAUCUAGAUUGUCCAGAUAAUACGCGCAAUCGUUAUUGUAUUCUCCUUGAGGCUGUUAUUUGGAAUAUUAUAAUACAAGGUCUUAUACAACCGGUGACUGCCGUUUUGGUCGCCACCUGUCUCUGUCCGCUAGCAUCGGGAGUAGUUCUAGUUGUUGGCGUUGCACGCUAUUCGCUGCGGCUACUCUGGGAUUCCCUAACGUUUCACUUAUUCAUAAAAAAAUGUGGGCGUGUGCCUGCCUCCGAUAGUCUUGCUGUCAAACGCAUUGCGGGACCUGGUCUAGCGCUUGAUUACUAUUUUAUAAUUAAACCCGAACAAGCGUUGGCUGCAUUUGAGGCGAAAAUGGAAUUGGAUGAGCUGCAGGCAUAUCAGCACGCUAUGGAGCGAAUCAUACUGCAGCCGCAAAAGGAUUUCAGUCAAUUUGUAGAAGCUUGUUUUGGUCCAUUCUCAGCGCAGUUGGCGAAGACAGGGCCGUAUAUGGCAUUGGAUCGUGAGGCGCAUGAUUUAAUGAGCACAUUGCAUGAGAAAUUAGAAAAGCGCAGACGGGAACUGCA